AUGGCAGCGGACACAAAUCAAGCACAUGGCAUUAUGCCUAGUGGGCAAAGACCCGCAGAGCCAGCCUCAUCCCUUCUUGCGGCGCAUUUCGCCCCUCGUCUGACAUCCCAUGGACACAAUGCGCAACGACUUUCGCGAGAGACCUUUUCACAGCUUCGUCAUGAACUUCUCGGCGAUAGACAGAGCCAAAUCCGCGCCGAUGAAGGAAUCACAGACAUGAACAAGUUGAUAUGCAUCGUCCUGAAGGCAGGCCUAGAGGUUAGCCCGAACAGCAACAGCAAUAGCAACAACAACAAUCCAGAAGAAGAAGACGUGGAAGGACAGAUUCUGGACUGUUUGGAUAUCAUCCAAGCAAGCAUUGAAAAGGCACCCCAAGUGCUAUGGGAUAUUUCGGAUCCCCUCAUUUUGGGCGAGGAUGUUCACGCGCCAUUGUUUGCUUGGCUGAUCCUCCGACUGAUCAGAUUGGCUAGUAUCUGGCAAUCGGAAACUGUCCAGUAUCGAAUCCAGCAGGUUUUAAUGGAAAUUUCAUGUCUUCAAUAUAAGCAAGUGCGGUCAUCAGCUUCGUGCUAUAGCAUUCUGGCUUUUCUUCGGGCUUGUACCUCAGGUUCAUAUCAUAUCUACGUUAGAAUCUUCUCUAAACAAGGGUUGGCACAGGUCUUACAGUCCGAGGCUAUCAUUGCCUGGGUCUAUCGGAUCACUCCUGAUAGAUCUGGACGAUCUAACUCUACCCAUGACCUAUUGAAGAAACCCACAGAGCUAGGGCUCUUCCCUGAAACCGUCGCACUAGUUUCUCACCUGCUAGAUUCUUUCAGUCCAAAAGCACCUGUGCAGGAAUUUGAAAAGCUCCAGAACCUUGAUCUUCGUCAGAAUCUCUCGGGCGUCCUGAACGGUUUCAAUCGCCUGCGAAAGGUCCUGGUCAAAUGGCUGCAGGAGUUAGGUUCGAGCCUGGGCCCUGGCGAGGAUAGAGUGCCGAUUCAGUUUUUGACGCAUGUUCAUCGUUUCUGCGUUUCAAAAUCUACCUCGUCAGCUUUGUUGUCGGACGUGAGCUUGACUUCCGCAUGGCUACAAUGUCUUGGUAGUCUUCUCGGGCCCAGUGUGACUCAUGGACUGUCGAACUUGCAGAUAGAGCUUGGAAAAUACCUGGAAGAGAUGGCAGAGUCGACAAAUCAAUCCAAAUUGUUCGAAAACCAAACAAGGGAAUUGCUUUUGCCGGUCCUCGUGGAUCUUGGUCAUGAGGAGCAGAGUAGUAAGCCAAUCGAGGCCUGUCUUCUGAAUUCAAUCCAGAAACUCCAGUCGAGGUUACUGGAGACAGAUAAGUCUCCAGUAAACGUACUUGAUAUCUCUACCCCACAAAAGAGCCCAGAUACCGAACAGAUGGAUACCGAACAAAUGGGAACCAUUCAACAACCAGUGAUUUUGGAUAAGGAAGAAGAAUGGACAGAAGAUACCCAGGCUCCAAAACGACUCUGCUUCAUUCCUGGAUCUACCUCCAGUAGUCUGCUUCAGUUCCUCACGGGUAAACUGUCAUCGCUCCUGAACUCCGGUGAUAAUUCGACGGUGGAAAGUCUCCGGAAAACAAUUGAGAGUUCAUACACCCAGAUCUCCGAGCCCCAAAAAAGUGAAAUCUUGGAAAUCGUGGGCAAGCUUUCUUGCGCCAUAACCGGAAACCUUGUACAAAGGCCUUCUGAGGUUAUAUCGCGCGAAAUUCUAUUCUGCGAGGUGUGCGAUGGUGGAAAACAAGAGCAGACAGCAGAAUACGACGGGCAAAGCGAAGAAGAAUUCGCCAACCUGUGGGAAAUGUUCAACUUCAUUCUUCCUAAAUUGACGCGUACCCGGGAUCCGAGAAUCGCUGCUAUGAUUGCUUUGAGAAGGAUCUUGAUGCACUCGACAAAUUUGAAUCAGAUGCAGCUUUCAACGUCAACGUCUGGGGAGUUCUGCCUCCACUCACUUCGAAGCUCUAUUCGUGAGCUUCGGAUUGCGACUGGGAACGCGGUGCCUGCCUUCGUACGCCCAGAUCUCCAACAAGACAUCCGCCGGGCAAAUUUUGUCGUUGUUCUAGAGUGGCUCAAGAAUCUGUCAGAAAAGGAUGAAAUCCCUUUGCAGGAGGCAUGCGUUUUGACAUUGUGUCGACUUGCAAGGGUCUCGGAUGACGAGGAGAAAAACAUCAUUUUACUACGGUUAUUAGAAUAUCUUGGACAUCCAAAUCCGUACGUCUGCGCGAUUGCCUACAACGAGCUUUCCAAACUUGCACAGCAAUUCUCCCAGACUCCCGCAAGCCUGUUCCGGCCGUACUGGAGAACGCUCUCGGUGGCAGUGGUCAAGAACCUUCAAUCCCGCCCAUAUAUGGCCGAGCAGCUGUGUGAGCUGCUAGGAAUGAAAGUUGAUAGCUUCCUACGGUUGACGGAGGUUCAUAUUCUUCCUUACUUGGUGCUAACGAGAAGACGAGAUAUAAUCUCCCGGAUUGGAGCAAGUCGCAAUGAAGGCGAAACGCCUUUUGAUGUCUGUUCGGAAAAGAAUAAUCUCGCUGCAAUCUUGGCUUUUCUUCUCGCUCAACAGUCAAAUGAUCCGGAAGCUAUGAUCAUGUCUCUCCUUGCGGAAAUAGAUUCCGCUUUUAGAGGUCGUACGUUGGCUGAACUUGUGAGAAUCGAGCCUAUUUUGAUUGCCUGCGAUUUACUCAAGAAUCUUGGCAACUCAGGAGAUCAGAAUAGGGAGAAAUUCCAACAAGCUCUCUAUCAACUCGCUUCCUUCAUCCCUCGAAAAUCUUCACACAGCAGUUCUUCCAAAAAGUCAGACCUUUUGAUUCAUUUCAUUGAGGAGCAUGUCCUCGGAAUCAUUACCCAAUUCGCGAAUGCAAUCAAUGACUUCCAAGUGAGGCAGACAUUAGCAGAGAAAAGGCGGAACCUCAAGGCGAUCGAGGAGAUGAUCAACAUCGCCCAGGGCCAUGUUAGCAAUGCCCUGCCUCAAGUCAGCGCCUGUCUUCGGUCAGCACUAGAGAUUGAAGAGUUGUGCGACCAUGCCUUUUCAGCCUGGAAGACUCUUAUCAGCUCCCUCAGCGAUGAAGACAUUGAGCCUCUCAUUGACCAGACAUUUGCCAUUGUCAUCAGAUAUUGGGGGAUAUUAACUAUUGAGAGUCGGCAUAGUGCCUAUCGACUCAUCGAUCAUAUACUUACCAAUCAUCCGAAUCUUGUGCGGGAUACUUUCAAUACAAUGCCUUCGCUGUCGUCUAUUCCUGAGCUGCACCCACUGGAGGCUAGGGUCAAUGAACUCAGAUCUCAGAUGGAUGUUCGAAGUCAAUUUUUAGCGCUUGUUCGUCGCUGUCAGAGUGAAAAUGCCACUGUUGUCGAACAGGCUCUGAAGGAGCUGUCUCCCUUUCUUUCGGAGAAUGAGGAGUUCCUUCAUGUUUCAGUUCUCAGUGAGCAGCCUGAUCCUAUCAUUGCUCAAUUGACGAGGGCAUUGCUAGAUUGCUGCGUGAAAUUCAAUAGCAGCUCCGAUCCCAUAACUUUGCUUUCCUCACAGUGUUUAGGUCUUGUUGGCUGUCUUGACCCCAAUCGCGUGGAGACAAUCAAGGAGAAAAAGGAUAUCCUUGUUCUAUCAAAUUUUGAUCGGAUGGAAGAGACGAUGGAGUUUGUGCUUUUCUUCCUUCAGCAUGUGCUUGUUGAUGCAUUCUUGUCUGCUUCUAAUACGAGAGCCCAAGGAUUCCUAGCAUACGCCAUGCAAGGUCUGCUCAAAUUUUGUCAACUCAACGUGGCUGUUACUCAGACUCAGCGAACCAGAGAUUUGCAAGGAGAUGAAAAGUAUCAGCGAUGGAUGGAACUGCCUGAAAGUGUGCGUAAUACUUUGACGCCCUUUUUGACAUCAACAUACACCGUCACUGUUGUCACAACCAACUCCAAAGUCAACUACCCUUUGUUUUCUCCCGAUAUGACACACAGUGAAUGGCUGCGGACGCUAGUACAAGACCUCCUCGAAACAGCGAGCGGUGAUAAUGCGAAGAUUGUGUUCGCUGUUUGCAGUCGUGUUGUCAAGGGUCAAGAUAUUUCAAUUUCUUCGUUCCUCCUUCCUUUCGCGAUCUUGAAUCGUGUUGUUGGGGGUACCGAACAAGAGCAGCUGGAUCUUCAGCUGGAGCUAACCAAGGUGCUCUCGCACCCUCUCCCAGACACAAAUAGCAAUCUUCGAGAAACGAUUCUCAGCUGCAGUCAGAGUGUUUUCGAAGUCUUGGAUUAUCUGUCAAGAUGGCUCCAAGGCAAGAAGAAACACAUGAGUGGUCUUAACCAACAGGCUCAUCAGUCAUCAAGUCGAUCGCAUAGGGAGACUGCGCGGGAUCCACUCCAUGCCAAGUUUUCAUCUCAGAUCAAAUCAGUUGAAUCAUUACUGGCUUCAAUACCCCCGAAAAAAUCUCCAAGCGAGCUGUUGAGUGCAAAUCUUUCUCCCGGGCCUUUGAACGAGCAGUCCAAACCUGAUGCCUUGUACCAGCGACUUCAGGAUAUCUAUAGUCAGAUUGAUGAACCGGAUGGUAUUGAGGGUAUUUCAAGUCAUCUUUCAGUACUUGACAUCGAUCAACAAGUUCUCGAACACAGAAAGGCUGGAAGAUGGGCCACUGCUCAAAGCUGGUAUGAGUUGCAGCUUGAGAAAGACUCGAAGAAUGUGGAUGCGCAGUGGAAUCUUGUCACCUGUUUGAAGGAGUCUGGACAGCAAGAUGCGAUUCUCACUCGUUUCGAGGUUCUCAAAGAAGAUAAGCCCGCGGCUUCGCGCUUUUUACCAUUUGCAGUUGAAGCCUCGUGGAUCACCAGUCGAUGGGAAAAGCUGCAGGGGUAUCUUGAGCUCUGCGAAGAAUCUGGGACUGGUGAAUUCAAUGUGGGUAUCGGGACUGCUCUGAACACGUUGCGUCUGCCUAAAUCCGGAGCCGAAUCGUUUACGGAUAUUGUGAAUGGCUUGAGACUCCAGGUUGCCAAAUCAUUGAAUGCCAAUUCCGUGGCCUCGCUGCAGUCUUGUCAUGACGACAUGCUACGGCUGCAUGCAUUAGCAGACGUGGAAUCAAUAGCCAAUGCAGAAGUCAAGGGUCCAGGGUCAUAUCAAGGGCUUCUCAAGGCCCUGGACAGACGGCUGGAUGUUCUUGGUGGUUACAUUGCAGAUAAGCAGUAUCUUCUAGGUCUCAGGCGAGCGACGAUGGAACUAGCGGGACCUUUCCCGAAUUCAGAUAUUGCGGCUGCGUGGCUCACGAGCGCCCAUCUCUCUCGAAAGGGCAAUUUUACAAGUCAGGCAUACCAUUCAAUGCUCCACGCAGCCAGGUUGCAGGAUCGAUCGGCUACCAUUGAACAUGCAAGGCUUCUUUGGAAAGAUGGACAUCACCGCAAAGCCAUUCAAACGCUGGAGGGCGCUAUAUCCGCGAAUGAAGCUAAUCCUCAAGAGUCAAUUUCGGUCGAUUCCGACACGGCGUCAUCUCUCUCUGGUGGUUCUGGAAAGCACCAAGGUGUGUUAAUUACCGCUCGUGCGCAUCUUUUGCUUGCAAAAUGGACGGAUAGGGCUGGUCAGACACAUUCCCAAGCCAUUGUACAGCGAUAUCGCGAAGCGAUCAAGCUAUAUCCGCGCUGGGAGAAAGCACACUACUACCUAGGAAAGCACUACAACAAGAUUCUUGAUUCGGAGAAAGCUAAGCCUAUGGGCAAGGAAGCCCAGAUCUAUCUCAGCGGAGAGGCCACAAAGCUCGUGAUUGACAACUAUCUUCGCUCGCUAACCUACGGAAGUAAAUACGUUUUUCAGACGUUACCGAAACUUUUGACGCUCUGGCUAGAACAUGCCUCCAUUGUCGACCAACCGAUUGAUCCAAAGAGAGGGGAUAACGAAGAGUUUCAAAGACACACCAAAGCUCAACGGCAGAAAAGUCUGGACGAAAUGCAUGCUCAGCUGAAGAAGUAUAUCUCUUCUCGUCUGCAGCCUGCUUUGUUGUUCACUAUCUUGCCACAGGUUGUGGCACGAAUCUGCCACCCCAACAGCACCGUCCAUGAUCUGCUGACUCGCGUUGUGGUCAAAGCUGUCCACUGCUUUCCACAGCAAGGUCUGUGGACUGUCUUGGCCGUGGUAAAGUCAUCUAAUAAAGACCGAGCAUCAAGAGGAUAUACCUGUCUCAAAAAGAUCACGGAAUACACCAGCAAGCAUAAGACAGAAUCGGCCCCCGACAUUCAUCGCAUGAUAAGCCAAGGUCAAAAGUUUUCCGAAGAGUUACUACAACUCUGCCUGGCGCAUGUCGAGGAGAGGGUCUUCAAAGUCAACCUCGCUCGCAAUCUGGGAUUCAAUCACAAAGUGGCUCCGUGCCGACUAGUCGUGCCAUUUCAGGCCAUGCUAAUCCCGAGUUUACCAUCAAGCCACGAUUCGGAAUAUUUGAAAGGGUUCAGACCAUUUCCUCGGGAUCCAACUACGAUCGACGCCAUUCUUGAUGAAGCGCAGAUCUUGCACUCUGCUCAGCAACCACGAAAGAUCAGCAUUCGAGGCUCAGACGGGAAAAUUUACAAUGCGCUGUGCAAACCAAAGGAUGACCUGCGUAAGGAUCAACGUUUGAUGGAAUUCAAUAAUAUGAUCAACCGGUUCCUCAAGCGAGAUGUGGAAUCCAGCAAACGACGAAUGUAUAUCAAAACCUACGCCGUCACACCCUUGAAUGAAGAGUGUGGUUUGAUUGAGUGGGUCGAUAAUCUACGUACAUUGAGAGAUAUCAUCGCCAAGGGACUUCGUGAGAGGGGUGCUGCACCUAAUUAUACUGAGAUCAGACACUAUCUCGACGAGAUAUGUGCAGACCGUUCGAUGACCAAAUUACCUCUAUUCACUACGAAGAUUUUGGCAAAGUGUCCCCCCGUUCUUCACGAAUGGUUUAUCGAAAUGUUCCCCGAAACCGAAGCAUGGUUCGCCGCAAGGUUACGAUACACGCGAUCUUCUGCGGUGAUGUCUAUGGUUGGAUAUGUUUUAGGACUGGGUGACCGACACGGAGAGAACUUGUCCUUUGAAGAAGGUACUGGUGGUAUUUUGCAUGUUGAUUUCAAUUGCUUGUUUGACAAGGGCCAAACGCUCGCAAAGCCAGAAGUGGUUCCAUUCCGUCUGACGCAAAACAUGGUCGAUGCGUUCGGCGCCUAUGGGUAUAAUGGACCAUUCCGAAGAACAUGCGAAAUUACACUGCGCCUUUUGCGGCAGAACGAAGAUGCUUUGAUGACUAUCCUUGAAACCUUCUUGCACGACCCAACUACAGACUUCAUCGGGAAAAGACGCCGUACCCAUAUCAAUGUUCCUGAUACGCCAGCCGGGGUUUUGGAAGAUGUUCGUAACAAGCUCCGAGGCUUUAUGUCGAAGCAACCCAUUGCUCUUUCGGUCGAUGGACAGGUGGAUGAGCUGAUCAUGCAGGCCACCGAUAAGGCAAACCUGGCAAAGAUGUACAUCGGGUGGUGUGCAUUCUUCUAG